UAACUAAAUAAAAAAUGUAAUAAAUUCUAUAACGUUUUCUAAAAAUAAUCGUUAAAUGAGUACCGUAAAUCUCACCGAAAACCAAAGUUCACCUUAAAAAAAACCGUUUAUUUUUAUUUAAUGUCUUCCCACGCCAUAGAAAAACCCCUUUUCGGAUUAUUUAACUAUCCGUUCGAACGAAGAGACUUCGGAAAUCGCCCCCCAUAAAAAUAUUAAAACGAAACGCGUACAUCCCGCGAUCCUGCGCAACGGAUCCGGGUGCCGGCGCAGUUUCGAAAACGGAAUUCCUGCCGAACCACUGGCCGCCGAGGUAUAAACAAACGGUUCCGCAGUCGAACGAACCGCCUAUAGUGUUCAAACCGGGAGGCGUUACAGAUGGUGUCGCCGCCCCCGGUUCGCAGGAAUUACAUCUCUGUCCUGCAUCGGCCCCCGGCUCAUUCUAACACCGACGCGAGAAGACAACAGAAGUAUCGAAAGCUUCCUGAUAUUAUUUUUUUUCGAACUUAUUCAAAUUUACUUUUUUGUAUAAAUUAAAAUCAUUAUUAUUAUUAUUAAAGAGUGUGGAGUGGUUCGGAUUAUAAGUAGUGUAAAAAAAAACGAAGAAUCAUAAAUCGAUUUGAUGCAGCAACUUGGAGUGAGAUUCGCUAGGAUGGAUACCAAUGACCAUCAUCUGGCUGAAGAGUAUGUGCACGAUUUUGAUUUGGAACAAUUAGACGCGGAAGACUCCUCCAGCAGGAUGUACCGAGCCUGGCAGGAAGAUCGGAGGUUGCCGCCGCUUUCACCGCCAAACGACUCCAUGUACCAACAACCGGUUUUAAUCAACAUGAUCACCAAUCCUGCAACACCACCAGAUACACCACCAAGCAAUUCACCCAGCGAACCCCAAAUUUACGUCGAAGAAAAUUGGUUUCCACCCGGAAAUCGCGGUGAGCAACCUUUAGACUUACGCCCACCACAUUCGUUGGGUGGCGAACCAGAUUGGGAACGAAGAGGAUACAUCCCAUCGGGGAUGUUCAUCGAAAACCAUCAACCACUUCAUCAACUUCAACGUCCACAUUCAGUUUGCAGUGGAAGCAGUGCUUUGUCACCGCGCCUUAAUGGAAAUAGUGGUUAUUCCACAUGCAGUGACGAUCUCGGUUUGAACGAUGAACUUUUAGUAUCCAUCUCAGUAAGAGAAUUAAACAAACGUCUUCACGGUGUACCAAGAGAAGAAGCAACCAGAAUUAAGCAAAAAAGAAGAACGUUGAAGAAUCGCGGUUACGCCCAAAAUUGUAGGACGAAAAGAGUACAACAAAGAUUAGAUUUGGAGACGACUAAUAGAUCGUUGCAAAGUGAGCUGAGCAAAAUGAAAAUUGAAUUGGAAAGAAUGAAACAAGAAAAUGUUUUGUUAAGGCAAAGAUUGCAAAUUUCGAGACCAAGUCAACAACAAUUGCAUAGUAUCAGUUCCGAUGGGCAAAAUUCACCUGAAUUUUAUCUGUGACAUAAUUUUCCGGGUCGACGACAUUAAAAAAGAGAAGACCCGUUGAUUAAGGAGAUCUAAUUCACAAGUGAUGCAAUAUUUGCUUCCUUAAGUACACCGGGAAAGUUUUUAAAAAAUGAGACGGUUACUACAAAAACAUGUGUAUAAAAGAGAACUAUAGACUAUUAUUAUUAAUUAAUUGUUGAUUUAUUAACCGUUUUUUAAAAACU